AUGUCACGUUCUCCCACGGAAGAAUCUGAUCUUGAAAAGAUCGCCAUAAGAACGCCCCAAGGUGGCGAAUCCCCGCACCAAGGGCAUGAGGCCGGUGUGAAACCAGAUGGCCGGGAAUUGGUGGAAUGGGAUGGCCCUGAUGAUCCUCAGAAUCCGCAGAAUUGGUCUCUCUUGCGGCACUGGUGGAUGAUUGGAUUGGUUUCAGCAGUCACCUUCAAUAUGUAUGCCUUGAGACGACCCUCGAUGGCAUCAACCGUGACGGCGCCUGCAGUGCCUCUGAUUAUGGAACGGUUCAAGAACAACAGCUCGGAGCUAGAAUCCUUUGUAGUUUCGGUAUGCAUCAUUGGAUUCGUAUUUGGGCCCUUAGUUGUCGCGCCGCUGAGUGAGCUGUACGGCCACGCAGUCAUUUUGCACACGACCAACAUCCUCUUCCUUGUCUUUACUAUUGCUAGCGCCGUGAGCACCAAUCUCGGCAUGUUCAUCGCAUUCCGACUGCUCAUGGGCCUCGUGGCCUGUACCCCCUUAACACUAGGAGGGCCUGUUAUUGGAGGUUAUCUGGCCAAAGGGGCUGGCUGGCAGUGGGUUUUCUGGCUUGUUGCCAUUCUGUCCGGAGUAUUGACAAUCUUAUGCCUUGUUUCCAUCCCCGAGACGUACGCUCCUGUCCUCUUGAUCCGGAAAGCAGCGCGCUUGCGAAAGGAGACCGGCAAUCCCAAAUUGCACUCAGUAUUUGAUAACCCGAAAAGUCCCUUGUGCACUUUUGCUACGGCCAUCUUUCGGCCGACGAAAAUGCUUCUCUUUGCCCCCAUUGCCACGAUAAUGGCUCUUUAUAUAGCCUUGAUCUACGGCUACAUGUAUCUGCUCUUCACAACCUUCACCUUCAUCUUCAUCGACCAAUAUGGCUUUAAUUCUGGACAAGCCGGCCUCGCAUAUCUCGGAGUCGGCGUAGGAUCCAUCCUGGGCCUUUCUGCCACCGGGUUUUACUCCGAUGCCAUUGUCAAGAAGAAGAGACAGGGGGGUGUUUCCAAACCGGAAGAACACCUUAUCCCUUUGAUCUUCGGUGCUUUUCUAGUUCCGAUGAGCUUCUUCUUCUACGGCUGGGCCGCUUAUUACAAGAUCCACUGGAUUGUGCCCAUUAUUGCAACGGGCCUCUUCGGCCUUGGCAUGCUCUGUGCGUUCAUGCCCGUUCAACUCUACCUUGUUGAGACGUACACGAUCUACGCGGCCAGUGCUAUUGCCAGUAAUACUGUCCUUCGAUCCAUUCUGGGGGCAGUCCUUCCCCUCGCCGGGCCAGAAGAUGAACUCUCGGCCUAG